CGCCUCCAAAAGGUGUGUCACCCAUCUGCUGAGCUAUAUGAGCUGACCUGCUGAUUGCUGAUUUCUUUCUGAAAAUGAGGAGAAUAUCGCUAUUAUUCCUCAUAAUAAAGCUACUGAUCUCCUGUUCACAGUGUAAAGUUUGUCCCUGUAAAGAUGCUAGCCUCUGCCAACCAGUCGAAGAGGUCCCUGAAAAGGAGGUCCUAGGAUUCAUGAUCAGGUCUGAAAACUGGCCCUAUUACAAUUGGACAGAGCUCACCACUAUAGCCAUAUUCACUGAUCUCAACGAGUCCAUGCUCAACGAUCUUGUCUGUCAUGCACAUGCUCAUAAGGUUCGUGUAGUCUCUCACAUUGGAUCAGAGAUAUUGAAAUUAUCGAGUAAAGCUAGUCGUGAAUCCUACGUCACUAACCUACUGGAUACAGUCCAGUCACAGCAUUUAGAUGGUAUUAAUAUUGAUGCCGAAGACCCUGUUGCCAGUGGGUCUGAAGAGGAACUAACGUUGAAUGCCGUCACUGAGGAGAUAUACACACGUUUCAAAGCUGCAUCCUCAAGCUAUCAGAUUUCGCUUGAUGUAGCCUGGUCGCCCAGCUGCAUUGAUGGACGCUGCUAUGACUACCUUGAGCUCUCUAAAUGGACAGAUUUUCUGGUCAUCAUGGCGUAUGAUGAGAGAAGUCAAGUAUUCGAUCCUGGCCUUUGUUUAGCAGGAGCAAACUCUGACUUCGUUAAAACUAAACAAGGAGUGGACCUGUACAAUAAAGUAGGCAUUCCUAAUAAUAAACUGGUACUUGGUCUCCCGUGGUAUGGCUAUGAUUAUCCAUGCAAGAAAAUCAUUGAUGAGAAGUCUCCUUGCGUUAUACCAAAUUACACAUUCCGUGGAGUCAACUGCAGUGAUGGUGCAGGGAGGCAGUAUGGGUAUUCAGGAAUUAUGCAUGAUUUUUAUCCACUAUCUCCCACUGGACUCUUGUACAACAAGACAGCUGAGUCUCCAUUUUUUACGUAUAGGCUAGAGAAUGGUGACUAUCAUCAGGUUUGGUUUGAUAAUCCACAGAGUCUAACUGUCAAGUAUAGCUAUGCUGCAGAAAAGAAACUAAGAGGGAUUGCCUUCUGGAACACAGAUACUCUGGACUAUAAUAGCAAUACUAACAGUUCUAAGGAACAAGUUACUAUGAUGUGGGAUGCUGUACAAGCUUUUCUAAAUAAUUGAAUAGAAUUGCUUAUAAUUUGAUUGUUAUCAUUGUUGGUAUGUUACAGAGAUAUGCUUGUAUCUAUGUUUGUGUGAUUGGAUGUACACUUGUUAUAGCUAUGUCUAUAAUAUUUUUAAUUUUGUUGUUAUAAUUUUAUUGCAUUAAUUUUUCAAAACUAUAAUGAACACAUGCAAA